AUGGGCUUGUGGCGAAGAAAGCACUCGGGGAGCUCUGGCGAGAGCAGCAACAGCGACACAUCGGGAACCGUUACACCCGUCGGCAGCAGCCAAGAGCCGGAGCUAAACAGCAAGAGAUCGGUGCGCGUCAUGCGGUCCUUGACCAACGGGCUUCGGUCAAACAAGCCGAAAAAGGCCAGCAUCACCAACAACUAUCAAGAAAUGACGCCUCUGGAGAGGCGGAUCAACCGUCCCUUUACACAACAAAACCUGGAGCACCAAAGAAUGUUUGACGACUUCACAUUUGACUUUGGCAAGAGGAAAUCGAGUUACGGGGGCCGGAGCAUCAUUAGCGGUAUUAGCCCGUGCGCAUCGCGGACGGCCAGCAUUGACUCAAACUAUGCUCCACAUUCACACCACCAACACCACGGAGAUCGGAGAGAGACACAUGCGCACUAUAGAAAUUCGCUGGUCGAGGAUGUACCGUGGGAAGUAUCAGGCGAGGAAUCCGACAAGGACAGACCCAGCAUGCCCCCAGCCGAUGCUUUCUCGAAUCUUUCCCUCCACCACAGGAAUUUCCACUGA